AUGGUAACCAUCCGAGCCGACGAAAUUAGUAAUAUUAUCCGUGAACGCAUUGAACAAUAUAAUAGAGAAGUAAAGAUUGUAAAUACUGGUACCGUACUUCAAGUAGGCGAUGGCAUUGCUCGUAUUCAUGGUCUUGAUGAAGUAAUGGCAGGUGAAUUAGUAGAAUUUGAAGAAGGUACAAUAGGCAUUGCUUUGAAUUUGGAAUCAAAUAAUGUUGGUGUUGUAUUAAUGGGUGACGGUUUGAUGAUACAAGAGGGAAGUUCUGUAAAAGCAACAGGAAGAAUUGCUCAGAUACCUGUGAGUGAGGCUUAUUUGGGUCGUGUUAUAAAUGCCCUAGCGAAACCUAUUGAUGGUAGAGGUGAAAUUUCAGCUUCUGAAUCUCGGUUAAUUGAAUCUCCCGCUCCAGGUAUUAUUUCGAGACGUUCCGUAUAUGAGCCUCUUCAAACAGGGCUUAUUGCUAUUGAUUCGAUGAUCCCUAUAGGGCGUGGUCAACGAGAAUUAAUUAUUGGGGAUAGACAGACCGGUAAAACAGCAGUAGCCACAGAUACUAUUCUCAAUCAACAAGGGCAAAAUGUAAUAUGUGUUUAUGUAGCUAUUGGUCAAAAAGCAUCCUCUGUAGCUCAGGUAGUGACUACUUUCCAGGAAAGGGGAGCGAUGGAAUACACUAUUGUGGUAGCUGAAACGGCGGACUCGCCUGCUACAUUACAAUACCUUGCCCCUUAUACAGGAGCAGCUCUGGCUGAAUAUUUUAUGUACCGUAAACGACACACUUUAAUUAUUUAUGAUGAUCCCUCCAAACAAGCACAAGCUUAUCGUCAAAUGUCUCUUCUAUUACGAAGACCACCUGGUCGCGAAGCUUAUCCAGGAGAUGUUUUUUAUUUGCACUCACGCCUUUUGGAAAGAGCCGCUAAAUCAAGUUCUUCUUUAGGUGAAGGAAGUAUGACUGCUUUACCAAUAGUUGAGACCCAAUCGGGAGAUGUUUCGGCUUAUAUUCCCACGAAUGUAAUUUCCAUUACAGAUGGACAAAUAUUCUUAUCCGCCGAUUUAUUCAAUGCUGGAAUCAGGCCUGCUAUUAAUGUGGGUAUUUCCGUCUCCAGAGUAGGAUCCGCGGCUCAAAUUAAAGCCAUGAAACAAGUAGCUGGCAAAUCAAAAUUGGAACUGGCGCAAUUCGCAGAAUUAGAAGCCUUUGCACAAUUCUCUUCUGAUCUUGAUAAAGCUACUCAGAAUCAAUUGGCAAGAGGUCAACGAUUACGUGAAUUGCUCAAACAAUCCCAAGCAGCCCCUCUUACGGUGGAAGAACAGAUAAUGACUAUUUAUACUGGAACAAAUGGUUAUCUUGAUUCAUUAGAAAUUGGACAGGUAAGGAAAUUUCUUGCUGAGUUACGUAAUUACUUAAAAACGAAUAAACCUCAGUUCCAAGAAAUCAUAUCUUCUACCAAGACAUUCACCGAGGAAGCAGAAACCCUUUUGAAAGAAACUAUUCAGGAACAGAUGGAACGCUUUCUACUUCAGGAACAAGCAUAA